AUGGCCAGAAAGAAGAGCCCAGACCUCGGGGAAUAUGAUCCCCUCACUCAGGCUGACAGUGAUGAAAGUGAAGAUGACCUGGUACUCAAUAUCCAAAAGAAUGGGGGGGUCAAGAAUGGGAAGAGCCCCCCUGAGGAGGUGCUGGACCCUGACUCUGAUGUGGAGGUUGGGAUGACAAAGCAGCACACGUCAGAGAGAGCGCCUGAGGGUUAUCCUGCAGAGACGGCUGGGAGUUUGGAGCAGAAGGCUACUCCCUCCCUCAUGCCAUACCUGCGCACAGCGAUCUUUUUGCUCACUGUGGUGAUCUCGAUGAUUCUUGUGUUGGUGUGCGCAUUUCUAAUUCCCUGUCCCCCUAGAGACUUGCAUAACACCUGGAACCGCGACCUAGGUCAGGGAGCAGGUGGUGUGUUAUCCCCUCUGGAGCUGUGUGAUGUGAACGGCGAUGGGCUCCCUGACAUUCUCAUUGUCUUCACUGCUUUGAUGAAUGCUAGCGUCAUGGGUGUUUCUAGGCCCUCUGUAACUGUGGUGGCCCUUUCUGGUAUGAAUGGCAGCACCCUGUGGUCAAUCCAGCUUCCAGAGGAGACUCGGAGUGUACAGUGCAAAGGCCUGUCACUGGGGGCACCCACAGAGCCCGUCUGCCUUGUUACAGGAACAUCGAAAUUCCUCAGCCUUCUCAGUGCCUCCACAGGCAAGACCAUCUGGACACUGAACUCCAUCCACCUUUCAAGUGGGAUCCUGGCUGCACCAGCUGCAACUCUUCCGGAUGUAGAUGGAGAUGGGAUUAGGGAUAUUGUUGUUCUGGCUCUCAAAGAGACACAGCCUGAUGUGUUUUUCAUCUUGGUGUCAGGAAAGACUGGGACUGCUUUGGGUGGGCCUGUGAAGUACAGCACCAACGGAGAGGGGAAAGUGAUUGGCCCCCAAGUCCACAUCACCAGCCGUGGAGCCAUCUACAUCCUGUUUGGUUUUGGUAAUGUACAAGCAGUUGCCCUGAGGGAUAUCUUUACCCAAGCCAGAAACCGGGACAGCUUUCCUGCAAUGCUGCAGCAGGAGGAGCCGGAGUGGGAAAAGCGCAGAUCUGUCAACCUGUCGGAGCUCAUUGACAUUUACAGUGGGGGUGUUGACUUCCUGCAGACGAUGAAAACACCUGACACAAACUGCAGCAACCUGCUCAUCACAACCAAAGAGGGCUUGAUCCUACUGCGGGGACAGGACCUGGAGCCCCACUGGACCCUGGAACUGCAGAACAUCAGCAGCCAGCCUGUACCAGGUUACUUCAGUGCUGACCAAACUCUGGACUUCAUGCUGCAAGCACAGACUGGAGAUGGGAACAAAAAGGUGGUGGUCAUAGACGGCAAAUCCGGCCUCCCUGUUUGGAACCAGGAACUCCCAUGGCAGAAACAACAACUCGAUGCACUGUCAGUCAUGACUUUGGACAAGAAGUCUGUUUUUCUCUUCUGGGCUGAUGAAGCACAGCCUGUGUUACAAAAUUUGCAACCUAGUCCCAGACCUGAGUACCCAAGGCUGCACCACCUCUAUCUCCUCCAUCCUGUUUUUCCUACCGUCCUUUUAGACCUCACCAAUGCAACAGACAAAGUCAUUGCUUCAGCAGUUGGAAUUAAUGAUCUCCAGAAGGAUGCAUUUCACAUCACUGUGACAACAACUGCAACCUCUGAAAAACAGCCAGGCUUUCUCUCGGUCAGCAAGCUGGGCCUGAAGUGGGCCAUGAUGAGUCAAGGUAGAAUGGUGUGGCUAAAGGACAGCACCACUCCCAAAAUCAGCCGUGGAGAAGUGAGGCGAUUUCUUGCCCGGCUGAAAUUUGUCGACUUUCCUCAGAAG